AAGAAAGCGUGAAUGGAAGACCAAGGAAACCGUUGCAGUGAAAUCUCUAAUCAAUGGCAAAUAACAAAGAAAGGGGGAAAUAAGAAGCUUUCCAACAGAUCUGGUAGAGGGGAAGUUUCACCUAAUUUGGACUUUGCAGAUUAAGGACUAUAGGUCUCUUCUGACUUAAAACAAACCCUGUGUGUGUGGCCAGUCUAAGGCCUAUGCCCAGAGGUACAGACGCUUUUUAAAUCUUAUGUAUGACAAACAUUUUUACCACUCAUUUUAAUAGAACUUUAAAAUCUGUUCCUGUCUUCAGCAUACCUGUCCCCAUGGAGCAGUGCAGAGGACGACCCACAGGCGGCUAGGGACUCUGCUGAAUACUAGCUGCCAGAAAUGACUGGAGGAAGAGAACCAAGAGCCUUUGUGCUGGGCAUGCCUGCAGCUCCCUGGCUGCUUUGCCCUCAUUCAGAGGGGAAUUUGGCAGAGAACCAGGUGGAGCCUUGAUUAGUGAAUCCACUGAUGUGAAGGAGGAAGGGAGCCACCAGCCUCACGCCCACAAAGCUCUCAAUGAGGUGCUCUCGGCUCCACUGAGACGACCGAUCUCUGAGCACAGAUUUAUACCAAAGGGGAAGAGGAGAUUUCACCAACAGGGGUCCCAGAAAUAACAGGUAGGUACCUGUAUUACACGCUGCAGGACUCGAACCCCCCUCCCCCCGGCCCUCCUUAGCAACACGAAGCCAGCAGUUCACAGAGCUAGUAUCUCAAGCGCAUGCAAUUUUCAAUGGAGAGAAGUUCCUUCUGGGAUUAUGUGGCCAGAAGAAUUGCAGUAAAAGGGAGUGUGGGGUUAACAAUCCUGUCCCGGGGAUGGCGGAGAGACCCCACAGGACGCCAGCCACACUCGCACCUCGCUAGCACUGCAGCUCUUUUGGGAAAGGAGUCAGAGCGUCUGGUCCAGCUAGAAAGCUCAGAUACCUCUGUGCUGAUUUCUCAACCGCCUGCCCUAGACUCGGCAAGUCUCUUGGCUAAAAGCAGCCCACAGCCCAACCAAGAAACACACUGACAAGAAAGAAAGGUGGGAAAUGACUUUGGUUUGGAAUGGACACUGCCUGCUAACCCCCACAGCAACAAGGGGGCCUCUCAUUCAGUAGAGCUAGGCGCUAAGUCCGCGGACUCCGCCAUUGCUGCUUGCUUCCCGGGGCCCCCCGAAAACAGAACGCAGCCACUUGUGUCCACGAGCCCCUCACAGGAACAAUUCCUGGCACCGUCCUCUUACGAGAGCUUCUUCUGAGCUGCAGCAUCCACUCGCCACUCUCUAGGCAGUGACAUAACACAAGAGGUCACCGAGCAAACUGACAAGUGAUGCCCCAAUACCUGAUGUUCCCCGACCAGGACCAACAUAGCGCCCCAGUUGAGAUGUGGCCGUUUAAUGACAUGCUAGAGAAGGGAGAGCCCGUGCUGAGGCAGCAGCUGGAUUUCACACUGAUACACAAUGCAUGUUCAGAACCAGCUUUCUGUGUCAGAGUGCUGGGUGAAGAGUGUGUCAGGCUAAUGCUGAUAAUCCUGUGUGUGUAAACAGCCUCCCGCAGGGCUGCAAAUGAAUUGCUACCUGAAAUGGUUAACUUCUGAACAUAGGGCCCAUCCCACCCCACUGCCUGUUUAACAAUGGAUCCAGCUAAACAAAUGGCUCCUAAUUGACUUGGGGCAACACUUGAUUGCUUUUCCACAAAAACAAAGGGGAGGAAAACGCUGGCAUUUAUAAAAUAAUGACUAAUCCAGAGAAGAGGAUGGGCCAGAGGAAUAGCGCUGAACAGAGAGCUCCAAACAAGGGGGAUCCAAGCCCUUCAUUCCACCCUCCUCCCCCACAUCAACACCUGCUGAUCUCAGCCAAGCCCCUACAAAAAUCCCAACAAUCAGGGCAACACAAACUGCGGUAUUGUCUUCCCAGCCGGGCUGCAUUUAAUGAGAAUGGAUUAGCGGAGAGGUGGCUUGGUGCUAUAAAAACCAUCUCCCAGGCAGGAGCAAGUCAGUCUCCAGUGACUGCCCAAGACAGAGCCUCCGGGUCUCUGAACGUGUUACAGCACCUGCCCGGAGAAUGGGCAAGCUGCAAUUUGCUCCAGCCAAAGGGGGCACGCAGUGGCUGCUGGCCCUCGUCAUGUGGCUGUUAGCCUGGCGCUGCCCAGGGGCUUAUGGGUACUUCUUGAGGAGCUCUUCCCGGUGCACGCUCAUCCCAAGGAGCAUGGCCUUGUGCUACGACAUUGGGUAUGCAGAGAUGCGCAUCCCCAACCUGCUGGAACACGAGACUAUGGCAGAGGCGACCCAGCAGUCUUCUAGCUGGCUGCCCUUGCUCGCCAGAGAGUGCCACCCAGAUGCCAGGAUCUUCCUCUGCUCCCUCUUUGCACCCAUCUGCUUGGACAGGUUCAUCUACCCCUGCCGCAGCCUGUGUGAAGCUGUUCGGGACAGCUGUGCCCCAAUCAUGGCUUGCUAUGGCUACCCAUGGCCUGACAUCCUAAACUGCAACAAAUUCCCUGCAGAUCACAACUUAUGCAUCUCAACAAUCACCGAUGAAGCCACUUCAACCAGGAGAACAGUGCCCCGAGCCAGCUGCAGGGACUGUGAGCUCGAGGAAGCCAGCUCUGCCAAGGAGAUACUGGAAAACUUCUGUGCCAGUGAUUUCGCUGUGAAAAUUAGGAUUUCCAGGAAGAACGUGACCUCCAGCAUUUCUGCUUUCAACAUGGACUCCAAGCUGGAGGUUUUGAAGCAUGGCCCCUUACUCCGGGCAGAAAUCCACCCAAGACUCCAGCACUGGCUGGACCUAGAUGCCACUUGUGUUCACAAUAUCAUGAGAGGUACACACGCAGGAGUCUACGUCGUCAGUGGAGAGGUGCAGAAUGACAAAGUGGUCGUAAACAAAGCCUAUGCCUGGCACAAGAAGAACAGGAACCUACAGCUGGCUGUACGGCGAUGGAAACAUCACCGGUGCCGAGCAUAGUCUGGUAGGCGGAUGGGGAAGUCUCUGCUCCACUGGUAGGCAAUUGCUUCCCUCCUGGGAUCUAGACAAUUAUGUGUGACAAUCAAGGGUUUGGAGACUGGCUCAGUCCAAUGGCUAUUUUUUUAGUGGGAGUCAGUGUAGUCUAUAGCAAAGGUCCAGGGGCCACACUGCAGAGCAUUUCACUAAGGAACUGCUACACAACACAGCUAUUAAUUAAGAGCUGAGGGAGUGAGCUGUUACUCCAAGAAAUGAGAAGAAACAAACCUGCCUCUCCUACUGCACCGGAAACCCAGAGAUUCUAAUAGAUGUGGCAAACCGGCAUGGUAGCAGGAAUAAGCAAACGGAAAUCCUCAGGUUAGAAUGGACUGGCGGCGCUACUCCAUCGCUAUCUUUACUUGCUCCCCUCACACUGAAACGGGAUAGUAAUUUCAGUCCUGUGGUUUAUCCCUGACACAGACUUUGUGCAAGUACCAUCUUGCUGCAGGCCCAGAGAUGUUUCCAAAUAGAGGUCACCCUGCGUGGUGGGAUAUGAGGGCCGUACUGCAUUGGCCACAGGGCUGUCUGUAACAGAGAAAGGGCUUUACUCUCCUUUGUGCUGCAACAGAUAUUCAACUAGUAGAAAAAGGCACCAAAAGUGCAGCAAGUCAGUCAUGUAGUUAAUGCCAAACAACUCCUGAACUUCAGUCACUCAGCACUAUACCUAGAGCCUGUCAGUUAAAGGAGAUCUGCAAAGGAAAACGUUGGACUUCUGCCCUUUUUCCUUUCUGAUAAAAAUGGUGGCCUAAAAGGGCUCAUUCAAAAAUGGAAUUAAAAAAAAAGAGUCAGUCUACCUAGGAAGACUCUGGCUAUGUCUACACUACACCGUAGUUCAAAAUAAGAUACGCGACUUAUGCAGCUCAAAUUGCAUCUUAUUUCUAGAACUUCCUA